AUGACACAUUUUGAAAAGAACCUUCAUCAGUACAUGGUUUCUCAGCUGCAUGACUUUGCUGCUGCUGGAGACACAGCCAAGCUGAAGGUGCUGCUCAAGUGCUCCCUGUCACUGGUCAACGCAGUCACGGGGAAUGGCUGGACAGCCCUCAUGUAUGGUGCUAGAAAUGGACACCUUAAGGUUGUGCAGGUUCUAUUUCAAGAAGGGUGUGACAGAUCCAUCGUUAAUAAAUCAAGGCAGACAGCUCUGGACAUUGCUAAAUUUUGGGGGUACAAACACAUAGCUAAUUUGUUUGCUAAUGAGAAAGGUGAUCAGAAACCUUUUUUUUUGUCAAAUGAUGUGAAAGAAUACAAAAAUUAUUUUGGCAUGGCACUUCUGGACAGAAGGAGUGAUAAAAGAACAGAUUCUAAGUGGCUAAGUAAAAACCAAAGCCAUCCAGCUACAGUGUACAUCCUCUUCUCAAAUCUAAGUCCCUUGGUUGCCUUGGGUGGGGGAAGAGAGAGCUCACAGCAACCAGAAGUAAAGCUUUGCAGGCUGUGCCACAAGGAUGUGGAACAGUGUGUGAAUCAAACUGAAGAAUGUACCUUCAUUUUUCUUGGAGUGGACCUUCAGUUUGACAUGAACCUAAUGGCUGCUUGCAAUGAAAGAAUUCAGCAAGAAGAUGAAGAAGAUGGGUUAGUUGCUUGGUUUGCUCUUAGCAUAGAUUCUGCUUCUGCUGAAAAAUUUAUACAGAAGCACAAGAACUGUUGCUUUCUUCACCCACCGAUGCCAGCACUACUGCAGUUACCUGAAAAAGAAGCUGGAGUAAUAGCCCAGGCAAGAUCUGUUCUAGCAUGGCACCACCAUUACAGAUUCUGCCCAACAUGUGGGAGUGCAACCAAGAUUGAAGAAACUUGCUUAAAAGAAGAUUGUCACAGUCUCCAAGGAGUUCACAACACCUCAUAUCCAAGAAUUGAUUGUGUCCUUUGGUUACAGUAUAUUCAUUUCAUGUCCUUAGAUAGCAACCAUUGCCUUUUAGGCAGGCAGAAGAGACUUCAUCCAGGAACGUUUACCUGCCUUGCUGGAUUUGUAGAACCUGGUGAAACCAUAGAAAAUGCUGUUCGAAGAGAAGUAGAGGAGGAGGCUGGAGUCAAAGUUGCCCAUGUUCAGUGCAUCUUUUGCCAGCCAUGGCCAAUGCCCUCCUCCCUAAUGAUUGGCUGCUUAGCUGUUGCAGUGUCCACAGAAAUUAAAGUUGACAAGAAUGAAAUAGAGGAUGCCCACUGGUUCACUAGAGAACAGGUCAUGGAAGUUCUCAUUAAAGGAAACCAACAUUCUUUCUUUGUACCACCAAGUCGAGCUAUUGCACACCAGUUGAUGAAACAUUGGAUUGCAAUGAAUGCUAAUCAUUAG